UGCAAACGUGUUACCUCUCUGGGCGUUCGGUUGCGGAAAAGCCAUCAAAUAUGCCCAAAUUUCCGUUUUAUUUUUACUCAAUUUUGAGGUUAUCUGUCAAAGUGUGGCACUGCCAACGUGACGCGCGCCCGUAGCCAAUCAAAUCGUGGCGAUUUUGGUAACUUUGGGCUAGUCGGGUUGGUGGCGCUCACGCAGCCAAAAAAGUGAGGUUGUUGUUAUUUUUUCCAACAAUUAUUUUCGUGUAUAAAAACAUGAAACCGUCAAAUCCCACAAAUAAGGCAAGUUCGUCGGCCCAAAAAGCCAAAAAGAGUUCCAAAGACCGCGAAAAAAGGAAGUCACAAGGGGGCUCCAACAGUAACCACGUCGGGCCGGAAAAAGGGUCUCCGACUAAAGAUGCCAACGCCAGGCUUUAUGCAGGGAUUGACUCCGAUUCAAUUAUUAAUUAUGCGGAACAAACCGCCGUUGAACAUUUGAGUGAGGACAUUACGAACACUUUGGCUGAAGACAUAAAUUACAGGCUUCGCUACAUUAUAAAUGAUUGUCUAAUUAAAGCUAGACUGUGUGGUAGAAAUGCGAUCAGUUCAAGUGAUUUGGAACAAACGUUUGAUAAUUUAAGGAUAGAUCGGGUCUAUGGGGCGCCUUCGCACCCCAAUUGGCUUGCGUUCAGUGACCAGAGCCUUCUAUGUUUGGAGGACAAGGAAGUGAAUUUGCUGGACCUAGCCCACGAGCAAGACACAUAUUACCAGUAUUACGAACCAGUCAUUACGACUAGUUGGUUACCAGAACAGAAAGAACUUAGUAAAGCAUUAAAAAACUACUUUUCCACAAUGUGCCAAAUGGUGGUUAGUAGUGACAUAGAAAUAAGAAAAAUGGUUUUGACAAAUAUUGGCGAAAACCCUCGGAUAGGCCCAAUAAUCGAAUGGUUUUACAACUUCGGUUACAUUCUCUUAUCAAAAGAUAUAACCUACGAUUGCUUGACUCUACGAGCUUUAGAUUUAAUCCGAGUCUUGGAAAAUAGUCCAAUGUGUCGAAUACAUGUUUCCGAGAAACAGUUAAAAUUAUUAGUGAGACUAAUUUUACAACGGUUGCUUAAAUCAACAACUACCAGCGAAGUAUUAAAACCAAUGUGUAGCGUUUUGGCGAUUUUGUCGCAAAGAGGGCCUUUAAGAGAGUUCAUAAUUUUGAAAAUUUUCCAAAAACUGGACGAAGUUUUCGACAAUUUCGCCCUUCCUGUGAUCACGGCGGUGAAUAGUCUGGGGAUUGAUGCCAUACAGAGCAUUGUUUUGCCCAACCUUAACCUCUUCCUGGCCAGAGUUGUGGAAAAGCAAGAUUUGGCCUUCAAUUAUUCCAUAUUGGAAUCCUACAAUAUCCUCUAUAAAGAGCACCUCAUUGACUCGUUCAUUUACGACCCGUUUGUCGAGCUUUUCGCCGAUUCUAUGGUACUUUUCAACCGUACUAUAAACACUUGUGGGAACGGCCUCAAAAAAGACCUCAAUUUUGCACACGUCAAGUGCGACCUCCUCAAAACUCGGAGGAAAAUCUCGCCUCAUACGAAAUUGCAAAUUGAAGCUUCCAUUGAAGAGGUGUUCGAUUUACCGCCGGAAAAUUCCAAAGUUAGGAAAAAAAUGCAAGAGAUGAAGUGGGAUGGGGGCAGUGGGGAAUGUUUUGUGAUUAUUGGUAAAACUAGUUUAUUGUUGCCAGUUUUUGCACCAAGGCAAAGGACGUACGAACAGUGUGUGGACCAUUCGUUGUGGUAUAGCUUAUAG